AUGAAUGGUUUGUUUAAUUAUGGAGACUUCCAUAUUAUAUCAUCGGUUCUGCCUGUGUCUUUUAGUUUUAGUUUUAUCCACAACGAGAAAACAAUUACCAUAGCAGCUGCCAAGAAGGGCGAUUUGGAUGUAACAGCUGGCAGCCUUAGUAACUUUCUGGAUAUGUAUCUUGUCAAUGUCGUUUUCGGGGCCGGCUCGGGUUAUAAUUUUGGUCGGUGGUGUGUUGAUGGAUCCGAAAUGAAUGUAGAUACCGUUUUUUGGGCAGAUCCAUCGUGCAUGAUCCUUCAUCAAAGUUUCUUUGAAAUGACAUUUGUGCCAGAAGGCACGAUAUGCUUGGACGAAUCCGUGAUCUUAGCUGCCAACCCCAAAGGGACUCCCAUGGUUGCUGGAUUUGGCGGAAAUAAUGUAAUCAAAGUAGGCAAUGCUGAUACUGACGGAAUAUCAUACGAUUCAACCCUUUUAAGAAUAGGUGAUUACCAAUUUGAAAUUGGACCUGGGUAUGACUUUGAUAAAUUCUCAUUCGAAAAUGACCAAUCUGAAGCCAAUGUACUAGUCAUCUCGUAUCCUGAUCCUGCGGGAAAUGGCUUGGGACAUGAGUGCCCCUGUGAAUGUGAUUUUGACAUCUUACCAGAAAGAGCUCCACAAGAGGAAGACUUCAAGACACCCAGUGAUGAUGAAGGUUCAACUACCCAAGGAUAUCCAGAGACAGAAGAAACCACCGCGCAAGUUGAACCUAAUACCGAAGAAGACACUGAAUGUUAUAUAUUAAAUAUGUGA